UUUAACUGCACGAAGCUGUUGCCAAAGCCAAACCCGUGCCCCCUUUGUUGAAGGAGGAUUGCAAAAGAAAAGAAAAAAGCCCACCACGCUUCAGUCCUGAAACUAUGACUGACUGUCCGGCCGGGAGCCCAGCAGCAGCGGCUCUCUGUUGGAUGGGAAGUUGUGACUUGGACCUGGAGGACGCGCAACUUUUAUAGACUUUCAAGUCCGCCGCUUGAGUAACCAGCAGCGCUCAGUUUAGAGUCCCUUCACUCUUGGAUUGCGCGUCUGGAGCGCUUCUACGCGAGACCACCGUGUGUUUGAGGCUCGGUGCCGUCCAGGGCGUCUCUUGUCGAGAAGGAGAUGGCAAUUCCGUUAAGAACAUGUUUUUGGUGUUUGCAGCUUUGCAAUGGAGAAUAAAUGAAGAGGGACGUUUAUCGUGAUUAACUGAGAGCACGCAAGCAGAAUGCAGGAGCGGGAUCUACAGAGCGUGUGCAGAAGGGUGCUCCUGCUGACCGUCUGUAUGGUGUCUCUCUUGGGACAAUUGACCAGUGCAUCAUCACACCGAAGCCACAUAGUACACGUGAAAGCAGGAACCUGUGAGGUAAUUGCUGCACACCGAUGCUGCAACAAGAACAAGAUCGAAGAGAGAUCCCAGACUGUCAAAUGCUCCUGCUUCCCUGGACAGGUGGCGGGAACAACGAGAGCAGCUCCAUCUUGUGUAGACGCAUCGAUAGUUGCACAGAAGUGGUGGUGCCAGAUGCAUCCUUGCAUGGAUGGAGAAGAGUGUAAAGUGCUACCGGAUCUCAAAGGAUGGAGCUGCAGUACAGGAAACAAAGUUAAGACAACAAAGGUCACCCGAUAGUUGUAUUUUUCCGGAAUAAAGAUAUGUGGAACCAAGAUGUUUCUUUGACCAACGCAGUAGGACAUUUUGCAUCCCAAGGGAUUUAUAGACUGGCAGAAACCUGGGACCAACAUGGACAUAAGUCUCGGACAUUCCAGUGAACAAAAAGAAGAAAAGUAUUUUGAAAUUCUCAUGAGCGUACGGUGAUAAACUGAUUCUCGACUUUUUGUCUAGCAUUGACAGUAGCUUUCUCUCAACUCUGCUGCCCACCAAAUCUUGCUUUGUACUAUACUUCUAAUCCAACGGAUUUGAAAAACCCAACCAUGAUGAUAUUUAUUGACUUGAAGACUGGAUUAGAGGGUGAAGAACCUCACCUUAAAAACGUGUUAUGUGAAACUUUUGUGUCAUUUUCUUGCCACUAGGAGCCCUGAGACUGUUGAUGCAUAUCUCUUCGGGGGCUCUUGUGAGGUUAUAAGCAUUUUGAUUCCUUUUAGCCUUAUGGGGGAGAUACCUCUUCUGUUUCUUUUUGUUGGUUUGAAAAAAGCCUGGCCUUUCUUCUUUUUAAGUUUAUUAGGAUGUAAAGUCCACUUUUGAAAAACACUUAAGAUAAACACACCCAGAAAUAAAAAAAAUAACUGUAAUUAAAGGUCAAAGUAGCUGAGUUCUGCAAGAAAUGCUUUAAUGGUAUCUGUUACUUUCAAAGCCUGGUGACUGCUAUUCAUUACAAAUGUCAAUAUUAUCUCAAUAAAUCUAAGUCAAUGAAUAUUGCUCUUUA